AAAAAUAAUGGAUACCAGAGGUGGGCUUCUGUUUUUUUUGUCCAAGUUUCAAUUCAUUUAUGAAACUUGUCGAAAAAUAAAGUUGCAUCAUGAUGAGGUUGGUAAAUAUGGCCAAACGAGUGGCUUUCAAAAUAUGUGAUUGCUAUAUUUGCUUAAUAUCUGAUAUAUAUAUUUUCCAUCACUCCAAUCUUUCCUGCAACAGUCCACAUUGUUUCUCUGAACCAUGAAGUUUCAUGCCAUUGAUCUCCCCAAUGUGAAAUACACACAACCCUACAACAUCUACAAAAACGUUAUCCUUCUGGCUCUUACCUUAAUUGUUCUCACUUCAAUUCCUCUCUACUUGAACAAGAGCUCAACUACUGCACCUUUGCCAUCUCAAACACCAUCCUCAUCAACAACCAACACUAGUAGUACUUCUGCAGGUUUGGAAAGCAUAGAAGAGAAAGAGGAUGGGAAAUGCCAUAUAUUUAGUGGGAACUGGGUUCCCUACCCUGAUGGACCUGCUUACUACACAAAUGAGACUUGCAACCUGAUCAUUCCUAAUCAGAACUGCAUGAAGCUUGGGAGAUCGGAUUCCGAGUUCAUGAAGUGGAGGUGGAAGCCUGAUGGUUGUGAGUUACCUUUGUUUGAUGCAGCUGAGUUCUUGGAGAUCUUUAGAGGGAAGUCACUGGCUUUUAUUGGGGACUCUGUGGGAAGGAACCAAAUGCAGUCACUGUUGUGCAUCUUGGCCAAUGUGACUUAUCCUGAGGAUCUUUCUGAUCAGUACUCAAAUAACACAGAUUACUUCAAGCAUUAUGUCUACACUGAUUACAAUUUUACUAUGGUAGUUCUCUGGGCUCCUUAUUUGGUCAAAUAUAGUGAUGCAGACCCUAAUGUGCAUUCGGCGGACAGCCUCAUGAAGCUCGACCUAGACGAGCCAGAUGAAGCGUGGAUAAGUCAGGUCGAAAAUUUCGACUAUGUGAUCUUCUCAGCAGGGCAAUGGUUCUUACGGCCGCUGCUCUUUUAUGAAAAUAAUGUAAGUAUUGGGUGUCACUGGUGCAACCGGGACAACAUGACAAUAAUGCCAGAGAGUUAUGGAUACAGGAAGGCCUUCAGGACUGUGUUUAGGACGCUCCAGAGCCUCGAAAACUAUAAGGGUGUGACAUUCUUGAGGACUUUCUCCCCGGCACACUUUGAAAAUGGGGAUUGGAAUGCUGGAGGGAGUUGUGGGAGGACAAAGCCUUUUAGCAAAGAGGAAAUUAAGUUAGAAUACUAUGCCUUGGACAUGUAUAUGGCUCAAACAGAGGAGUUCAAAGCAGCACAAAUCCAAGCUAAGCAGAAAGGUCUCGACUUUAGAUUGAUGGAUACAACUAGAGCAAUGCUGCUCAGACCUGAUGGACACCCGAAUUUCUAUGGAGCCUCAGCGCAUAGGAAUACGACUUAUGCGGACUGUGUUCACUGGUGCUUGCCUGGCCCUAUUGAUACAUGGAACGAGUUUUUACUGCAUAUGUUGAAGAUAGAGCAGGGUUCAACUUGAAUGUAUAAAUAUACAUUUUCUGCAUUACCAAUUGCUAUUCUUUUAUUUGAACUGAAUAGCUCAAUGUAGAAAUAUGAACAGGAGUUGACUGGUGAGUUAUACCAGAUGAAUCAAAAUUAUGUAAGCAUAUCUUGUAGAGAAAAAGACAGGGCACCAGCACAAAUAUGAUUGUGUUUUUGCUGGAUACUAGCUAGCUUAUUUUUAUUAAAAGGGUUUUGUCUUCUGCUAAGUUAUAAUAAGUGUAAACAUCUGACUGAAGCAACGAAAUCGCGCUGUU